GCGGGCGAGAGCGCCGAGCCCUCGCUGUCGUCCUCUCCCAGCAGCCGAAACCCGUUCGUUCGCUUGGGCCUCUUCAUGAGCCGCACCCACUUUCCCUGACCGCACCGUCGAUAUCCCUCCACGAGCAAGCCCAUAGAGCUCUCAACCAAAAUGUCUGAGCAACAGCCUGGUUCGGCGAUAUCCCAGUGCCCGCCCGAGCUCUUGGGGCGAAUAUUCUCGUACAGCCUCGACUCCAAGCAGGAGCUGCUCAACUACGCCUUGGUUUCCAAAACGUGGUUCGGCCCUGCAAUCCAGCAGUUCUGGUAUGCCCUGGACUGGUCUGUCGAUGACUGGGAUCUGUUGCGUUCGCGCCUGUCGAGCUACCGCUCGCUCUAUGUCGAUUAUCGCAAGUACAUCCACCGUUUCCACCUGUGGGCCGGCGAGGCGAACCAGGGCGAUUUGAAGCUCAGCAACAUUCGCAAGAUCCUGCAAGGCUGCACCAAGCUGACAACGCUCCACGUGGACUAUCCGGUGCUCAAUGACGACGAUCUGUGGAUCAUCAGCUCGGUUUGCCAGCGGACGCUCACGUCGUUCUCGGCAGUGUCUCCGCUGGGCUCGGGAUUGGCCUGUAUUACGGACGAAGGACUCAGCGCCAUAACGUCGCAGUGCAAGCAGCUCCGCCACUUUCGAGUCAAGACCACGAUGCAGGGCACAUCCAUCGACCGCUCGAUUGUCAAGCUGGCCGAGAGCCUGCCUCCAAACCAGCUUCAGACAUUUGGGCUUGAGUGGGUGGGCGAGGUUUCGUUUGUCGACAACCUGGGCAAGCCUCUCGAUCUGGCCGAGGCCGAGAGGCGGAUGGCCGAUGCUCUGGGACAUCUCAUUCGAACGCACCCAGGCAUCAAAACCUUUGUCCUGGACUGGCCCGUGGCAAUGGACUUUACGCUGCUGACCAUGAGCCAGCAUCUGACCAGUCUCGAGGCGCUUCACAUUGGGAACCCAAAGAACCUGGACCACAUUGUAUCGGUACUCUACGCAAACCCACGCAUCCGACAGCUGUCGUUGUUUGAGGUCCACCAGGCGGCCGACCCCACGGUGAUAUUCCGUCCCCUGCUCGGUCUCCCGCCCGGCCCGUCGCCGGUUCAGAUGAUGGCGACACCCGACCAGUUCGUCGAUGGCUCCACUUCACCGCAACUCUCGGCCAUAUCCAUGGAUCUGGAUUGCUUUACUGGCACAGAGAACACUUCGCUGGCGCAUCUGGAACUCGAUGGCGUUGGUUUUGUCCGGAAUGUACUCCCGCUGGUCUCCAAGUUCACCAACCUCAGAGUCUUGAUCGUGAAUGCCUCUCGCCGCUCGGCCUCGCUGCAUCACUUGACGACGGACCAGCAUCUCGAAGCCAUUGCCCGGAGCUGCCAGGGCCUGCAGAUCCUGCGAGUUCCCAUCCUCGGCGACGGCCCCCUGAUCCAGAUCGCGCAGUCCUGCCUCGAUAUCGAGACCUUGGAUUUGGUCGACGGGCGCCAUGUAUCGCCGUAUACGCUGACGCUGGUGGCCAAGCAAUGCCAAAAGCUCAAAGAGCUGCACCUAGGAUCGGCGGCACUUGUUCGAGACGAGACCAUUGAGCUGAUUGCUCGCUCAUUGCCCGGGCUCGUUGAUCUCGGUCUGCCAUACGGCAACACCAAUCUCACGGAGCGAUCGCUGGACCACAUUUCGCGAUACAGCUUGGCGCUCAAAUACCUUUACAACAUCCCCGUCACCAUUUCGGUGGACCAUUUCGUCACAUACCUGCCCAAGCUCAAGCAGCUGAUUACGGUCGGUACCUGCACCGGCGUCAGCGGGGCGCCAGGUUCGCCGGUGAAUUCCAUGCGAUUCUAUCACCCCAUCAGUCGGGAGGACCAGGAGCGCAUCAAGGCGGUGUGUCCCAAGCUGCGACACAUUAUCCACAACCGACGAUAGAGUCGGGCGGAACAGUGGACACGACACGGGCCAAUAGGAAAGCCCUCGAUAUUUUGUGGAGACAGCUCCGUGAUCAUAGUACCUGUGCGUUUCCAUUGGGCAAAUGCAUCAGUCCGACUGCAACCAGAGCGCUCGAUGAAUGUUGGCGCAUUCGAGGCCACCCCAGCCCAGGUCAAAGGCCUUGAUCAGUAAUUCGAAUACAGAGCCACGACAUAGGACUCGUU